CCGACCUUCUCUGCUGCGCUGGACAGGAUCACAUUCUGAAAGACACACAAACAGUUUGUAUCCACAGGGGGCAGAAAGACGUCUGAGACACAACAGAAGAAGAAGAAGAAGAAGAAGAAGAAGAAGAAGAAGAAGAAGAAGAAGCAGUAGAAGAAGAAGUAGAAGUAGAAGUCAUCGUGUGAGGCAGAAAAUCAGCUGCAGGUUCAAAGUGACGGCCAUGUUGAAACCUCUGAGGGUUCUCCUCUCUGCCAGGAAAUGUUCAAGCUUCGUCGGCAGGAUGAGGUAUGUAAACAGGUUGAAGGAGGAUGAUGAGGCGUGUGCUGCAGCGCUGCAGACCGGUCGCAUGUUCCUGUUCCACCGACUGGCUCCGCUGCUGCAGCACACAGAGCGGGGAACCUUCAGACCGGCCACACUGAUCUGCUCAGAUGUGCAGUCCAUCCUGGAGAACCUCGGUGCAGACAGAUCCCUGCUGAAGGAGUCGGUCCUGAUUGGCUGUUCUGAACAGAACCAGGCUCAGUUCUGUUUGGACGUCGGGGAGCUGGAUCAGGCAGCGGUAGAGGAAGUGUGUGAAGGAAACUUUAUCGACCUGAGGAAGGCGUUCUUUCUGCUGACCGGAGCAGAGGCGCCUCUAGUGGCCAAGGGUCAGGCUCUGCUGCGCUGGCAUCAAACCAGCAGCUUCUGCAGCGCCACAGGUCAGCCGACCCACCGCAACCAGGCAGGAAGUCAGAGAGUCUGCAGCAGCAGCGGCAUCGUCUACUAUCCCAAGAUGUCUCCAGUGGCGAUCGUCCUGGUGUCUGAUGGGAAACGGUGUUUGUUGGGAAGACAGUCGUCUUUCCCUCGGGGCAUGUACAGCGCUCUGGCCGGCUUCUGUGACAUGGGAGAGACCCUGGAGGAGACGCUGUGCAGGGAGGUGGCAGAGGAGGUGGGUUUGGAGGUUCAGAGUGUUUCCUACAGCUCCUCGCAGCACUGGCCCUUCCCACACAGCUCCUUCAUGCUGGCCUGCCACGCUUCAGUUAGCCCCGCCCACACUCAGUUAAACGUGGACCACACGGAGCUGGAGGACGCUCGCUGGUUCAGUCUGGAGGAAAUCAUCUCAGCCCUGCAGGUGAAGACUCCGCCCAGGAGAGGCGACCCGCCCGUCGUCUGGCUCCCACCCAAACACGCCGUCGCCAACCGCCUCAUCACGGAGUGGACGCAGCAGCAGCAGCAGCAGCAGCAGCGCAGCGAGGCGGCAGACUAACUGGCAGCUCUCUGACCACAGUGAGACGCUGGCGACAUGUUCCUGAAAUGUGAAAAACAUCCAGAACGAGAGCUGCAGAGUCACCGAGCGUCAGAAUAAAACCAGAACCAACACACAGCCGUAAAAUUCCUCUGAAUCACGUCAAACACCUGGAAAGUUACCUGAUGGUAACGCUGAGGCUCAUUGGUCAGAUGAAUGUCCUAAAGAAGCUCCAGAUAACCUGAACAUCUUCGUCUCUUUCUAUCAGCGUCCUCACUUUUUAAAAUCGUUUUAUUUUUCCUCAAUGAAAAUGGGACAAACUAAGUGAAGAGUGUGAUGUAUUACAACAAAUAUACAACCUAAAUAAUGAUGUGAGACAUGAAUUACUGUCUACAAAUCUACAACAUUCACUGAUGAAGAUGAUGUGAUGUUCUAGAAAGUUGCAGAACAGCUACUAAAUAAACAAUACAUUAUUCAAAUAGUUUCUGCUGUACAACACAAGAACUACCUCAGAUUCAGAUUCAUUUACACACUGAUGUUUCAAUAAAAACUUUUCUCUGAAAUCA